GGAUAACUUAUAAUAAUAAUAAAUGGGAAUUUCUAUUAAUUUACUAAAGUGAAUCAUACUUUUUUGAAAAAAAUAUUUACUGGUGUGGAUAUAGUACUUAUAUAUAGAUAUUACUACUGAUAAUUGAAGAAAAUGAAUGAUGAUAUCUUAUGUCUACGAUUCCUCAACACACAUAUUGCACCAUUUAUCGUCAUUUUGGGUAUAAUUGGCAAUGUACUAUCUAUUAUUGUAUUAAGAAAUCGACGUAUGAAAUCGCCAGUUUCAAUUUAUUUAAUCAGUUUAUCAGUAUUUGAUAUAUUAUUAUUGGUUUGUGCUGUUGUAUUAUUUUUUGAAUAUCCUUUUGCUGAAGAAGAUAAUUCAUCAUUUUUAUUAUCAAUGCAUAAUUCCUCAACAGAAGAUCAUGUUAACACAUUAAAUAAAUUAGUAAACAAUAUAACGGAUCAUACAAAAAUCAAUAAUAUAACUACAGCACAUCGUAUUUAUGCACUUAUUCAAGCACAUUUCAUUUAUCCAAUUGCAUUAACAGCACAAACUUCUGCAAUAUGGAUUACAGUUAGUUUAACAGUGGAACGAUAUAUUGCUGGAUGUUAUCCUUUACAUGCAAAUGUAUUAUCAUCUGUACCAAAAUCUCGUUUAGUUGUAUGCUGUUGUAUGAUAUGUGCAAUUGUUUAUAAUAUACCAAGAUGGUUUGAAAUUACAACACAAUCUAUAAAUACAACUGAAUUAAUAAAAGAAUCAAAUUUUUCACAAUAUUCAAUACAAUACGAUUGGCAUUCAAUAUUUCGUCUUGUUUAUUAUACAUGGGGAUAUAUACUAGUAAUGUUUUUAUUACCAUUAAUUGCCUUAUUGGUAAUGAAUAUUCGUUUAAUGUAUGCAUUGCGUAGAUCUGAUUUUGCUGUAUGUAAAACAUUACAUUCAACACAAUAUUUAGAUAAUCCACAUAGUAAUACUAAUACAAUAGUUGAUGUGAAUUCAAAUAUUUAUGCAAAAACUUCUACAAUAUCAAACAAAUCAAUUACUAAACAAUUUCCAAUGAGAUUUCAACGAAGUGAUCAUUGUAAAUCAUGUAAAUCAUUAAAAACUCCAUUUACAUUAUAUGGUCCAACACGUUUAGCAAUACAAGCAGAUAAAAGUAUAACACGUAUGAUUAUUGUUGUAGUCGGUGUAUUUAUUGCAUGUCAAUUACCAGCAUUAGUAUUUAAUAUUUAUUUUGGUAUUGUAUCACCAAAAGUUUUACCAUAUGGUUGGUGUGCAUUAUCAGAAUUGCGUAAUUUUUUAGUUGUAGUUAAUUCAAGUGUUAAUUUUAUUGUUUAUUGUGUAAUGGGAGCUAAAUUUCGUCGAAGUUUUAUUCAUGUCAUUACACCAUGUUGGGAGAUUAAAUUAACUAAUAAUAAUACUAAUACACGUAAACCUACUGUCCGGUUAAUCACUUUACGAUCAGAUGUAACUGAACUUCAAUGAAGCUUAUCUUAAUUUCUUUUUUCUAAAAAGAAAUUUGUAUAUUUCUUCAAUUGUCUUUUCUAUAAACAUACUUUCCUUUGUAUGAAAAUGAAGUUAACACUGAUAAUACAUGCAAAGAUGAAAUACCACAGAUUCCUAAUAAAAUUUCUAAAGAAUAGAAACUAUUAUUACUAAUUUACAGUUUAAAACGAUGUAUUAUUUUAGAUAUUUAAGUUAGUCUACUUAUAGCUUAUUGAUUAGAGUCAUUGUAU